UUAUCAUCCACUGUAUGAAGACAUAGCAGCGCGGAGACGAGACAUAUUUCAGGAUUAAACAAUCUGGCGCAGAGGAUGGCGGGGUGUCGUAAAAGCAUCGCAGCCCGGCCGGUCGAGGCCGGCCUGAGGCGCGAGGCGCACGCGUGAGGGGGAACGGCGCAUCGGCGAGGUCUCGGCUGGGCCCCGGAAGAGAAGCGCGGCGACGCCAUGAACCGCCCCUCUCUGUGAGCCCCUGCCCGCUCCAGUCCGCACGCACGCACGCACGCGAGCUCGCUCCGAGCCCCACCUCCCGCCAUGGGCUCGGUGUACCUGUGGAAGCUGUCCUCCCAGAAGCUGGGCUUCUUCCUGGUGAGCUUCGGCUUCAUCUGGGGGAUGAUGCUGCUGCACUUCACCAUCCAGCAGCGGGCCACUCACGAGAGCAGCGCCGCCCUGCGCCAGCAGAUCCUGGACCUCAGUAAGCGCUACAUCAAGGCCCUGGCCGAGGAGAACCAGAACGUGAUGGACGGGCCCUACGUGGGGACCAUGACCGCGUACGAUCUGAAGAAGACCCUGGCUGUGCUCCUGGACAACAUCUUGUUGAGGCUGGGGAAGCUGGAGUCGAAGGUGGACAACAUCAUCUACAAUGGCACGGGCGGCAACCUGACCAAUGGCACCGGGGCCGGCACCACCACACCCAGCGCCGGGACCGGCGAGAAGGUCAACGUGGCAGACCUCCUGAAUGGCGCCCAGGAGAAGUGCGAGCUGCCGAUCAUGGAUGGCUUUCCCCACUGUGAGGGCAAACUGAAGUGGAUGAAGGAUAUGUGGAGGUCAGACUCCUGCUACAGCAGCUACGGGGUGGAUGGCUCAACCUGCUCCUUCUUCAUCUACCUCAGCGAGGUGGAGAACUGGUGCCCGCGGCUGCCGUGGAGAGCCAAGAACUUCAACGAGGAGGCCGACAGGAAGGGCCAGACGGAGAUCCGGACCAGCUUUGAGGAGCUGUACCGGGUCAUGUCGCGGCGGGAGGAGUUCCGCUGGAUGAUGCUCCGGAUCAAGCGCAUGGCGGAGCUGUGGGUCGGUGCCAUCCGGUCCCUGGCCACCAAGCAGAACCUGGUCAGACGCAAGCGCAAGAAGAUCCUGGUGCAUCUGGGCCUGUUGACCAAGGAGUCGGGGUUCAAGAUCGCAGAGAACGCCUUCAGCGGGGGUCCCCUGGGGGAACUGGUUCAGUGGAGUGACCUCAUCACCACCCUUUACCUGCUAGGUCACGAUGUCCGCAUCUCGGCCUCGCUGGCUGAGCUAAAAGAGAUCAUGAGGAGGGUGAUGGGGAACAAGUCCAGUUGCCCAACUCUGGGAGACAAGGUGGUGGAGCUCAUCUACAUCGACAUUGUGGGUCUGACCCAGUUCAAGAAAACCCUUGGGCCCUCCUGGGUGCACUAUCAGUGUAUGCUACGGGUGUUGGAUUCCUUUGGCACCGAACCGGAGUUCAACCAUGCCCACUACGCCCAGUCAAAGGGACACAAGACCCCUUGGGGCAAGUGGAACCUUAACCCCCAGCAGUUCAACACCAUGUUCCCUCACACUCCAGACAACAGCUUCCUGGGGUUUGUGGUCGAGCAGCACCUAAAUGCCAGCGACAUACGACACAUCGAUGACAUUAAGCGACAGAAUCAGUCCCUGGUCUACGGGAAGGUGGACAACUUCUGGAAGGACAAGAGAAAGUACCUGGACAUUAUCCACAGCUACACAGAGGUCCAUGGCACAGUGCAUGGAACCAGCACAGUCCAUCUACCUGCCUAUGUCAAGAACCACGGCAUCCUGAGCGGCCGGGACCUCCAGUUCCUGCUGAGGGAGACCAAGCUAUUUGUGGGACUGUCGUUCCCCUACGAAGGCCCCGCCCCCCUGGAAGCCAUCGCCAAUGGCUGCGCCUUCCUCAACCCCAAGUUCACUCCUCCCAAAAGCAGCAAAAACACAGACUUCUUCAAAGGAAAGCCCACACUCAGAGAGCUCACCUCUCAGCACCCCUACGCUGAGGUGUACAUCGGCCAGCCCCACGUCUGGACCGUCAACAUCGACAACGCCGCAGAGGUGGACAGAGCGGUCAGAUCCAUCCUCAGCCAGAAGACUGAGCCGUACCUGCCUUAUGAGUUCACCUGCGAGGGGAUGCUGCAGAGGGUCAACGCUUUCAUCGAGAACCAGGACUUCUGCCACGGUCAGGUGAUGUGGCCCCCACUGAGCGCGCUCCAGGUGAAGCUGGCCGAGCCGGGGAAGUCCUGCAAGCAGGUGUGCCAGGAGGAGCAGCUCAUCUGUGAGCCCUCUUUCUUCCAGCACCUGAACAAGGACAAAGACCUGGCCAGGUUCGGAGUGGACUGCCGGACGGCGGAGUCGACGAGCGACACGGUGGUUCCGGCGUUCAGCGAGGCGCGCGGCCACUGCGUGUUCCAGUCCGACCUGCUGCUCUUCAGCUGCGCCGGCGCCCACCACACCCUGAAGCGCGUCUGCCCCUGCAGGGACUACAUGAAGGGCCAGGUGGCCCUCUGCAAGGGCUGCCUAUAGCCGCCGGUCCCGCCCAGACUCCCCGCGCCGCAGAGCCGCCGCGGACCAGAGACGCGGAGCUCCAGCCGCCCGGGAGAGCUCGUGGGCUUUCCGCCACCAGCUAACCGCCACCGCGGUUACCGCGGUUACCGCUAACCCUCAACUCACACACACACUGGGAGCGGAUCGGGCCCGGGGGGAGAAGCCGCGGUUACUUUCUCUCUUUUGUGUGCAGACUACGUGGAAUGUUUGCAUUUCGGAGCGGGCAGACCUAAAGACGGAGCCUGUCUGAGGGUAAACAGAGCGGUUGGAAGGAGCUGUUGGGAAACAGAGAGGUGGGGGCAGCUAAGCUGUAUGAAGGGGUCGGGACUCCGCUGGAGGAACAUUGAGUCAGCCCGCAAUGUUUGAAUAAAGAAGAGUGGUGAGGAGUCUGAAGAGCACAGGCGCCCUCUGCAGGCUGGCAGUGGUGCUACAGCGCAAUGUUCUCACCCAACCUGUUCUUGUGUCCCCAUCCCACAUCCCCCAGUGGGUCCAUUCCCCCGGGACAAGUUUAGGCAAGACUGCCCCCACCUGUGUCUGAACACUUUUAGAGCUGUGUUUGCACUAGUGUCAGUGGGAGUGUAUGAAGGACAUCGACCUAGCAAAGAAUGGCAGUGGCAUUGAGUUUACCCCAAUUCUGUUUUACACUUAAAUCUACAGUACUGCCUUUUUUCUUGUGAGAAAAAUGUAGUCGUUUUUUUGAGUUAACUAGGAAGUAGAGUUCACUUUAUAUGGCAAACUGUACAGUCAUGGUGCGUAUCUUCCCUCUCUGUCAUCAUCUCAGAAAAGCUUGGCUGUUGGAAAAGGUCAAGCCCUGUCCAUUUCGCUCUUCUGCAUUUAGUUAGUUACAGCCAGACACACUGGGGCAUUAUGGGAAGGAGGGUAUACAUGUUUUAAAGGUCAAGAUGCUUCAUUGGGUGGGGUUUUCUAUCUGAAGGAUCUGAUUGCAGCGUUAUGAUCUGUUCCCUAAGUUAAUUGCUAGUACACUGUAGUGCAAAGAAUCCAAGCCCAGAUUCCCACAGCAGUCAGCACUGCACGAGGGAAUUAGAUUAUAUGUGAGAUAGAUACUGUGCAAAAAUAAAAUCUAUGGGUGAAAGGCCAUCUGUUCUAAAUUCUAGGAGCACUAUGAGAAGUACACAGAUUCCCACAGAUGAUACUCAUAUUAUUGGCUUUUCCCACAGUAUCUGUUAAAAUAACGAUUAGAAUUCAUAGAUUCUGAUUAUGUAUACAUAUAGACAUGUAUACCUAUAUUUAUUUAUAUGAAUAAAUAAGUAAAUUAAUAAAUAUAGAAGUACACAUAUGCUAGCACAUGUCUGGAUGUAUGUGAUAGUUAUGUACAGAGUGUGAAGACUAUAAUAUAUUGAUUGGAUCACUAAUCUGUUUUAGCAAUCAUUUGCAUUAUCGCAUUUCUCAUUUUGCCUGCAGAUUUAAAAUAGGCUAAAUGUUGUGAAUAAAAUGCACUGUUAACAUAUGUUGGAGCAUAACAGAUCUAACAACGAUGUAUAUUGUUCAUAUGAGGUUUUAAUUCUUUUUUUAAUUUAUUUUGUAUACAGAUCUUUAUUUGUGUUGCCGUUUGCUGAAAAAGUUGUGUAUUUGUUUAUUUAUAAAACCGAAGGGAGAUUUUCUUCUUUGUUUAAAAGAGAAAAUGUUAUUUAAAAAUAAUUUAAAUGUUUAUAAAUGUAUAUUCAAGUGAGGUGUGACAGGUGGAUUAGUUUGUCCAGACGAGCUGAGGACAGUGUCUGGGGUGGGAGAUGUGGAAUGGCCUUUCAAAACCAGGCUGCAAAAUUUCACUCAACUAAGUGCCUGCAUAGGACAGUCUGAAAGGCAAACACUCGUUUGACAGUUGAGGAGGGCGCUGAUGUAUCACUUUAUUAAGCCAGGCAGAAGCAGGGCCCAGCAUGCCAUCGUGCACUAAGAAUAACUACACAGCUAAUAAUAUUUGGUUUCUAGAACAUUCCCAGGAUUUCAGAGAAAAAAUCCCCAAAAUUUCUGGUUUGGAAAUUUCUUGAAGAUUGUUUUUAACGUCACGCAGAGCUUUACAGGAAUGGUAUUGGAGCAUUAUUGGAUUUCAGAUACAAUGCAAUUCAAUUUUUUUAAAUGUAUUUGAAGUAUGGAUAGUCAUUCAUGUGUCAUUUUAACUGGAAAGCAACAAAUCUGGCAUUUCCAUACAUUUGGAACAUUUAAAAUGUUAUUGACAUCCGUGGUAUUCAGCAUGCCUGGGAAUCUUUUCUGUGACUUUGACAAUACUCUUUUGGAUCCAUCUCGCAACCAAAAAGGAAUCAUUCUGGUAGCUACCCUGAUACUGGAAUCACUGUCAUCACAGUGUCUUCUGCAGCUUUCCCUCGGACAAACAGGAGACCUGCACACGCCACUUCAUUCUCAAUGCCAGCAACAACCUCACGUUUAUGUUCUACUGCUCAUUUGUUAAAGGAAAUUAAUUUGCACAUGUGUAAAUAUAGACCCAUAUCCUGUAGAGUGUUGACUCUUAAGUUUUAUAGUUCUUGAUUGUAAUGUUUGUAAAUAUGAGAAUUAUUCUGCAGUCGAGCUACCAUUUUCAAGUACAAGAUGUGCCUUUUUAAUGGUUAGUAGGCCUGCUUCAUUUGUCUAUCCAUGAAGAACACACUGCCUGGGAAUUUGUGGGCAUAGUCCUCGUAUAUCUGAAGGACCGGAUUUAUUUAUUUGUUUGUAACCACAAGCGAUCAUGACUGAUACAUUUAGCAGCAACGAUGGCAAAAAUGAGUAUUUAAUGGUCAAAAGGUGGUCACGAGUUUGGCACUUACUAAUUUAAAUGUUUGGUGUUGCUUUAGGGCAGUGAGUGUGUUCGCACCUGGGCUGGGAAAAACAUCAACAAGAGACUGAAGAUGCAGAUCAAUUCUCCUUCUCAUGGCUUUCCUGGGCAUUGCCUAGAGUGUAGGCACGAGAUUUUUUGAAAAAGAUUUAAAUUUAGUAAUGUGUCGUGUGUUUUACACACAAAUGGGUUUCAGAGGCACGAUACUUUUUCAAACUGCAGGAGAGCUGGAGGAAAAUGAAAACGCACCAUGAUUAGCAUUGUUUUCAGUGUAUCAACCGCGGGUUUCUGUCCAUGUAAUCAGUUAAAAAUAGUUUGUUUCAUAUCGCCUGUAGCAAGGGUGGAUGGGAUGCACAAGCAGCGACUCAAACAGCUGAAUAAAAAUUCACUCCAGUGACAAAAAGAAAAGAUUUGCUGGCACUGCUCUUGAUGAAUAAGCAGGAUAGAACUUUAUUUUUCAAUAAACAUUUCUUUCUGUGACAAGUA